AUGAGGGUCACUCACUAUGAUCGAAGGGCUUCAGUUUUUAGCGUAGAGAAAACGGAUCCCCUAGAGGGAUGGAGCCAAAAUUUAUAUCGCGUUAGGCUCAACAUGCAGCAGUGCGACCGUGGAGUUUUUCAAGCCCUGUACUAUUUGUGUCGCCAUGCUUUAGCUGCAUGGUCUACAGCGAGCAUCGAGUGGGAUGAGUGGGGUACAUUCGUUGAUCCAGUGUAUCGAAUAGCUUCAGAUUUCAAAGUUUAUGAGAUGGAGUUUUCUCCUAUACCAGACAAGAAGAUGUGGGCCUCGUGGUAUGGUGCAAGGUUGAAGCCAAAUCUCUCUAUGCACAGGAAGACGAAAGGACAACCAAAAUUGACACAACUACGUAAUGAGAUGGACAAGGUUGAGAGGUUUGAGAAGAGGUGCAGUCUUUGUCGUUAG